AUGGGCCGGCUGCCUCUGUGCCUGCCAGUAAUGCUGCUCCUGCUGCCGCUGCUGCCGGACCUCGGGCCCAGGCCCGGCGCGGCCUCCAGGAAGUCUCAUGUGCACCGGCGUGGGCUCCUUGAGCUCGCGGGGACCCUGCAGUGUGCCAGCACCCUCUCUGCCCUGGCCUACAUAAGCUAUGGUUGCCACUGUGGCCUGGGCGGCCAAGGCCAGCCCCGGGACACCACAGACUGGUGCUGCCACCGUCAUGACUGCUGCUAUGCGGUUGCCGAGCAGGCUGGCUGCAGGCCCAAGCUGGACCGCUACUCCUGGAAGUGCAUGGAUAAACGCGUGGUGUGUGGACCGGCGGAGGACAAAUGCCAAGAACUCAUAUGCAAGUGUGACCGGGAGGCUGCUGACUGCUUAGCCCGAGCUGAGUACAACAUACAGCACCUCUUCUACCCCUAUUUCCUAUGUGGGAAAGACUCACCCAAGUGUGACUCCUAGCCUGACUUGAAAUGAUUUUUUGCAUAAGGAAAUAAAUCUCCUUUUCACUGAUCAACAGUAGUGUUCAGUUCUCUGCAGGAGGGAACUGAGGCCAAGUGAUACAGCUGCAAGGCUUGUGUUUGCUUUCUCUCCCUGUCCCGGAACUUGGGGCUGGAGUCUGUUUGGUUUCCAGUUUGAUUAAGGUCGAAAGUCCUGUGUCUGUUUCAUAGAACCACAACUAUGUUUAUGACAGUGCCCGGUUUGGUAACAUUUUUGAGAUUCACCCCUUAUGAAAAGGUGAGCUUUGUCUUCUAACCUGCUUCUGAUGACGGGUGGUCAAAUAUGAGUGACCUUCUAUGAGCCUGGCCUCAGGCUAGGCUCUGAGAUUUAGCAUAAGAUGUGACACUCAAGUCUAGUGGCUUUUAGCUUCCCCGUUGCCACCAAGUCAAUUCCGACUCAUAGC